GUGGCAGCCGCCGCCGGCAGCAGCGGGAGCGGGGGUGAGCUGGCAGUGAGCGCUCGGCGGGGAGAAUGCUGCUGCCGCUCGGACUCCUGGCAGUCCUGCCAGCAUGUCUGUUUUCGGUGAAGGUGUCUCCACUCAUAGAAAACAUUAGCGACCACAAGGAUUUCAAGAAGCUCCUCAGGACACGGAAUAACGUAUUAGUGCUCUAUUCCAAAUCUGCUGCCGCUGCUGAAAGUCCACUCAGGUUACUGUCCGAUGUGGCCCAAGAGGUGAAAGGACGAGGUACUAUAGCCUGGAUAGAUUGUGGUGAUGCAGAAAGCCGAAAAGUGUGCAAGAAGAUGAAAGCAGAUCCUAAUUCAAAGGAGAAAGGGGUGGAAUUAUUGCAUUAUAAGGAUGGUGCAUUUCAUACUGAAUAUAACCGAGCUGUCACACUGAAGUCAGUGGUGGCCUUUCUAAAGGAUCCUGAAGGAGCUCCGUUGUGGGAAGAGGAUCCCGAAGCCAAAGAUGUUGUGCAUGUGGACAGUGAAAAGGAAUUCAGAAGGCUUCUAAAGAAAGAAGACAGACCUCUUCUGAUGAUGUUCUAUGCCCCAUGGUGUGGUGUUUGUAAGAGAAUGAUGCCAUCUUACCAGCAGGCAGCCACAGAACUGAAAGGCACAUAUGUACUUGCAGGGAUGAACGUCCACUCCGCUGAAUUUGAAAAGAUAAAGGAGGAAUACAAUGUUCGGGGAUACCCUACCAUCUGCUACUUUGAGAAAGGAAAGUUCCUGUUCCACUAUGAGAACUAUGGGGCUACUGCAAAGGAUAUAGCAGAGUGGCUGCAAAAUCCCCAGCCACCUCAGCCACAGGCCCCGGAGACUCCCUGGGCAGAUGAGGAGAAUGCUGUUUAUCAUCUGAUGGAUGAAGACUUUGACAAGUUUAUAAAGGAGCAUUCGUCUGUACUAGUGAUGUUCCAUGCACCAUGGUGCGGGCACUGUAAGAAAAUGAAGCCAGAGUAUGAGAUGGCCGCAGAGAUGCUGCACGGAGCCAGUGAUCACCAGCACGGCACAGGCCAUACAGGAAUGGAAGAGAUGGUCAUUGCAGCUCAGACACUCAAUGCCUCGGAGACAAAGGUCUUGUCUCAAAGCACAAGUCCUGGUGUCCUUGCAGCUGUCGAUGCUACUGUCAACAAGGCUGUGGCAGAAAGAUUUCACAUCUCAGGGUUUCCUACGUUGAAGUACUUUCAGGAUGGAGAGGAGAAGUACACUCUGCCACAACUCAGAACUAAGAAGAAGAUCAUUGGCUGGCUGCAAAACCCGCAAGCACCACCUCCACCUGAACCAGCUUGGGAAGAAAAGCUAACCAAUGUUAUCCACCUAGCCGGAGAAGACUUCAGGGAGUCUUUAAAGAAGAAGAAGCAUGCCCUUGUCAUGUUCUAUGCCCCAUGGUGUCCACACUGUAAAAAUUCCAUCCCACAUUUCACAACUGCUGCAGAACUCUUUAAAGAAGAUCGAAAGAUCGCCUAUGCUGCAGUGGACUGUGCCAAAGAACAGAACCAUGAUCUGUGUAAACAGGAAGGUGUGGAUGGUUACCCCACCUUUAACUAUUACAACUAUGGGAAGUUUGUAGAAAAAUAUAACGGAGAGAGAGGGGAGUCUGGAUUUGCCACUUUCAUGCGAACUCUUAGAGAAAGAGACCAUGAAAGGGUAGGAAAGAAGAAGGAUGAACUGUAAUUUCUGCCUCAAAAGACAUUUUCCACUGCACUGUGAAUGGUCCCAGGUCCAUUGUUACUGUGCCUGAGAUUUCACAUAUUCUAAAGACAGAGACUUAAAAACAAAAAAAACAGCCAUGCCAUUUUGUACAAUUUUGAAAUAAAGUGAAACUACUUGAUUUUUAAAGGAAAACCGAUUGUUGCCAUAUUCUGUUUAAAAACUAGCGUUUUCUCAUGAUGUGAGAAUAUGCCCAUCAACACUCCUAUGCAAUAUUUUUGUAAUCUGUAGUGUGUCUGUAGGUGAAGAUUUUUGAUACGGUGAUUCUGCAUUUUUCUUUGAAGGGUAUUACAAUCCAUGUAAUAACUUGUUGUUGUUUUUUUAAAUCAGUGGAGGAAAAUGGGACUUUUGAGAAACAUAAAAAUCUGUUCAAAUGCAGUUUUGCAUUUUUGUGAAAUAGAUACAUGUUGUUCAGAGAUGUUUGGGGGGAACAAUUUUAAGGUGCUCAGGGAUAAAUAGGGAAAUUGAGUUAAUGAAGACACUAGCAUUGACCAUUCCAGAUCUAACUGAUUUCAUUUUUAAUCCGCUGUACCAGAACUGUUUACAUAUCUUUAUAGAAUGUACUGAGUCAUUUUAAACAAAGUUGUCAAAAAUCGGCACAGCAUAGUUUAAGUUCAGAAUCAGUCUCAUUUUUCAGCAUUUAUGUCAUCAAAUGCCCCUGUAAAUAUGGGAGCAAAAUGUAGGCUGUCUUUUUGUAAAUUUAUGUUUAGGCCAUAUGAAAUGCAUAUUGGAAAGCAGUAUAUUUGAUUGUCUGACAGAUGUGUAAUAUUUUUGAUAUGCAGAAAUUACAUACAAGACAAUUUGUGUACAUUCCAAAUACUUGUCCGCAUUGUUUGUUAAAUAAAAAUUAAAAAAUGGAGUUACAGCAUUAAAACUAUGUCUUUAGCAGUCAUGUUAAAGACUGCAAAUCACUGUAAAGAAAUACAGCAUUACUACAGAGAAUGCUUUAAAAAUGUGCUUUUGUGCUGUUCGUUUUACAAAGUUGCAUUCAUCUGGAGGUACUUGAUAUGUCUUCAUAGAAUGGGUUUUUUAAGAUUCAUUUUGACCUAAAAAUAAAUCAAUAAAAAAAUUGAAAAUGUUUUAAUCCUGUA